AUGGCGGUCUACGAUCGUCUGAGCGCGAGCGAGCGCCGAAUGGCGGUGGCCCUGGCCGCCCUUUUCGGCUUUCUCGGACCAUUCACGAGCACGUCCGUCCUACCGCUGGCGCAGUCGAUGGCGCUCACCCUAGAAGCCACCGAGCAGGACGUCCGCACCUAUGCCGUCGCUCUCUUUGUUGCCGUGAUGGGCGUGGCGCCUCUGCUGCUGGCCGCUGCCUCGAUGGCUUUGCCAGCUUCCCUGUUCGUCUUUCCGGUCACGACGACCAGAAGAGAUUCACGUCGCAGCAAGGCACAGGCGACUGGCUCGGCUGCCGUGCUGUUCUUGCCUGUGCUCUACAUGCUGGCCUCUGUGCUGCUGGCCAGUGAGGCGACGACGUCCUCCAUCGCCGCCCUGGCUGUGCUGCGCUGUAUCCAGUCGCUUGCCAUCUCCCCCUUUCUCUCCCUGGGCGCUUCUACGAUUCGACAGCUGUACUGUGUCAAGAGCGAAGCGCGUGGAGCGGCACUCGGAUGCUUCUAUGCCGGCGCUGUGGCUGGACCGACUGUGGGCCCCUUUGUCGCCGGUUGUAUCGGACUCGGGGGUAUCCAGGCCUGGCGAAGCCUCUUCUGGCUGCAGGCGGCCUUGGGCCUUUUCGCUUCUGUCAUGCAGAUCGGUCUCACCGUGCGCUGUCAAAGGGCAGAAAACCGCAGCGAGGCCACAGAAGAGCAGCGAAGCGAGUGCCAACUUCCCGAAAAGCCAGUCCAAAGCAGGACGGCCGCUGUCAGACACGCGCUAGGUUGGUCAUUCUGGCUCGUGACCCUCUCGUCCUGCGCCUCGAUGUUCGGCCUCUUCCUGGCCUUCAACACACUGACCCAGCUCGUUCGGAAUCGGUUCGACAUUGGCAACAGCGCAGCCGUCGGCGCACUGUUUCUUCCCGGCGGUGCUUCGUCGAUCGUAUGCUCCGUGCUUAGUGGCGCCUGGUCGGACAAGCUGCUUCGGCCAAAGCACGAGAUGGCACCAAGAGAAGAGUGGCGGUCAGCACAUGCUUGGACUAGAUUCGCCUCGGCCUGCCGACCCGCCUCUUCCACCUACGAGCGCAGGCUGAUUGUGGCAAUUACGGGAGCGGGCGUGAUGCAGCCGGUGGGUCUCUUUCUGUACGGCUGGCCAUCGCACUCGGCCUGCAAAACCGACGCAUGCCAAGGCGGGCUGCUGCUGCUCACCGAGGUUGGCUUCUGCCUGCUGUGCGGUGGCGUGUCCAUGACCCUGACGGCAGGAAACGCCUAUCUCGUCGACAUAGCCGGCAGCGCAUCCGUCGCGCAGCGGGUCAUUGCCCUGAACAAUCUCUUUCGCUAUGCACUGGCGGUUGCAGCCAGUGCUGGUACAGCGACGCUGCUCCGUACGCUGGGCCUCUCCCUCUCCUCGACGGUGGCGGCUCUCGCCAGCCUGGUCAGCAUGACGGCGCUCGUCGUCGUGGCUUCUCAAAAGCGACAUGCCAUUAGCAUGUAUUCGUAG